AUGAUAAAAGGCGAGGGAGACGAGUCAGAAGCUCAACUACCGCUUCGCAUAUCUGAGUCUGAGAUUAGCGGAGCAGCUAACCAGUCUGUGGAAAUCACGGAAAGCAACAUGGAUGUGACGUUUGUGGAAAACCACUGCGGAACACAGAUUGAGCUAGGCACAACUGAUCCUCAUUCAUCCGAUGCUUUGGAUAACAUUAUUACCCGGUUGCGGGACACUCUGGAUAGCAGAUACGCAACUUAUCUGCGCAGAAAAAGCAGAACAUACUCGAAACUGUCCAAGGGACAGGAAGAAGCUCGGCUAGCUAUUGGCCGAGCAGCUCAUACUAUUUUCGAGGAAAUCUCGAUAACUCCAGAAGAAUUGCGCAAAAUUCUGCCAAUUGCGAGUUACAAUAGUAGUAUGAUGCAGAGCCUAGCGGAGGAAUUCGGCUGCGAAAUUCCAGAGGUCUCGUCAACUGUAAGAGCUCAAAGUUUGGAGCUGGAUAGGCUCCGAUCACUAACAAGUGAUCAAGAAAAGAGCAUCCAGUGCCUGAAAGAUAAAAAUUGGCAGUUGCAGAGCCAAGUAGAAGAACUCACGGCGAGGCUGGCGACGUCCUUGAACCAAGUACGCCCAGAUAUGCAAGCUCAAGGUGAGAAAAACAAUUGUGUGGAUUGGUCGCCUGUUAGUCAACAGCUUCUAUCACUGAAAAGUGGCAAUAAGACCGAUUUCCAGAGCCGACAGCCCGUCUGCCCAGGAAUGAAAGAUGGGACAGCGAGGCGCCAGAGCCCAUCCUGUCGGCAGCCUUCCAACGCAUCGACAGUCGGUGAGUCGAGUUCUGUCUUAGAAAACUCGCACAACUUUGAGGCUAGUCAUAUCUCGCAUGCCAUGAAUGGGAUGUUCAGCGUAUUUAAAGAGGUUUUCAAAGCGCAAAGCAUGGCGGAAGUCCCAAAAUAUGAUGGGAAGAGUCCCUCACGAGCAUUGGAAAUGAAGUAUCCCAUGACAGUUUGGUCGGACAGAGAUAGGCGUGAUGUGUUGGUUAACCAUCUAAUAGGGUCGGCGCGAUCAGUGUAUAAAGGGCUCCCAGAAAUUGUUAAAAAGGGUAAUUUCGCCGGGAUAGUGCAAGCCCUUAAGGAUGCGCGGCGUGACCCUUGCGAAAAGCUUAAAGAAAUCGAUGAGUACGACAGGCUCAGGAUGAGAAGCCAUGAAUCGGUAAGAGAUUUCUGCUGUCGCACGGAGGAUAUCUCCAGGAAGAUCCAUCCCAGUAGCGAAUGGGAUUUCCAUUUAGCUUCAAAAUUAUACUCAUGCCUGCAACAUUGGAAGGAUUCAUACCACAUGUUAGCGGCUUUAGAGGCGCAAGAUGGGGAGGCAUAUGAUGCUGUUAAAAAGGUUGCACUGAGGCUUGAAAAGACUCAGUCAGCACGACCCCCAAAGGACGAACAUAAUGGGAAGUUCAAACCCUUCAAAAGGAGGAUAUACUCCGAGAAAACGGCAGUCUCCAGCAAUGAAGAUUGA